AAGGGGGAAAUAUGAGUUUCGGCGGGAAAGGCGCGGAAUCUUGGCAGUGCUGGGAAUCGAAGUGAGUGCGCAGAAGAGUCGGGAGUCAGCUGGUGCUUCCCGGUGCCGGCUGAGCGUGUGUGUGCGCGCAGAAUUGGGAGAGAGAGAGAGCGAGAGAGAGAGAGAGAUCGCGCGUGAGAGUGAAAAAGGGGCAAUUUUGGAGCCACGAGUCGUCAUUCGCAAUGAACAGCGCGCCCAGAAGCACACACACGGGCGCCUCGCGUGAAGGGUGGAGAAUUGUGUGAAAAUCGAGGGUGUUUCUGCCACAGAAUCGUCCGCAAAUGCGACAUAUCAGUGACGAUACAGUGGCGAAGGCUGAGUUAGGUUGAUUGGCGAUGUGAUAAAAUGUGUUAAACACGCGGAAUUUGUGAUGUGAGGAAAAAUGGGCGAAAAGCAACUGUGCAAAAAGUCUAAGAGAAUAAUCUGUGAGAAAGUAGUGAUUUUGCACGCACACACAAACCCUGAAAGCGAGGCCUGAACGUGUGAUUUGUCUGCAAGGGAUUGCAGAGGAGAAUUUUCAAUACAGACAGAAAAGGAAGACAACGAGCGGAGGAUUUGAUGGAAUUUCUGGAGUUGUAAUUGAAUCUCACGCGAAGAUGAACAAGUUGAGGAAACUUUCAAAACGCCAUUUCAUCACUGUGAUCAUCGUCUGUGGAAUUUACAUUCUUCUAAUGCACAUUUUCAGCAACAGGGACAACUUUGGCGACAACCGGCAGAAGUUGGAGAUGAUCGAGGAGGGCAUUCAGUCGGACGAGAACCAGGGCCAGUGCCGAAUGCCCGAGCUGCCUUUGUAUUCGCCGGAGAUGAUGAGCUUCCUGCGCGACGAGCCGCCGAUCGACUGCGGCGACGAGAGCGACGACUGGGUGAAGUGCGAGCGCUCCACGUGCUUCAUCCGGCCGGCUGUGAUGGUGCGCAAGGGGCGCAUUCGCUGUGAUUUCGCUGAUAUCGUGCGCCUCGACGACUUCCGCAUCGAGCUGGCGUCGUCGGUGGCCACGGAGGAGACGUACAAGCUCACGCAGUCGGACUUUGCGCGCGUGAAGUGCCACAAGGUGGACAGGAGCGAGCGCUGGCACGGAACGGUGCUGGGCGUGCGUGACGGCGUGCGCGUGGAGAGCCCAGGCAUGGGCGACAGACUGAAUGUGCUGAUGUACGGCUUCGAUUCGCUGAGUCGCAACGCCUUCAUGCGCAAGCUGCCCAAGUCCUACGCGUAUCUCACGGAUGAGCUGCGCGCGGACGUGCUGCGGGGCUACAAUGUGGUGGGCGACGGGACGCCGCAGGCGCUGAUUCCGCUGCUCACGGGCCUCACGGAGCUGGAGCUGCCGGAGACGCGCAAGCGCUUCAGGAACUCCAACUUCGUCAACGUUUACCCCAUGAUCUGGAAGGACUACGAGGAGGAGGGAUAUGUGACGGCCUUCAAUGAGGACGUGCCGGACAUCGGGACGUUCUCGUAUCGACUGAACGGCUUCGACGAGCAGCCGACGCAUCACUACAUGAGGACCUACUAUCUGGCCAUCAAAUCGGAACUGAACCAGCACAGAAAACUGUGCGUCGGGCAUCAGGCGCGCCACAAGACCAUGCUGGAGUACACGAAGGAGUUCAUGCUGAAGUACGCCAAGACGCCGCGCUUCGUCUUCAGCUUCCACGGCGAACUCUCGCACGACUCCAUCAAUCUGAUCGGCGUGGCCGACGGAGACUUCUCGGCCUGGCUUCGGGAUUUGCAGGCGCGCGGCGUGCUCAACAACACGCUGCUCAUCGUGAUGUCGGAUCACGGCAAUCGCUUCGCGGAGGUACGCAACACGCUGCAGGGCAAGCAGGAGGAGCGACUGCCCUUCUUCGCCUUCGCCUUCCCGGAGUGGUGGAAGAGGAUGUUCCCGCAGGCCUACAGCAACUUCCGCGAGAACACCCAGAGACUCGCCACGCCGUUUGACGUGCACGCGACGCUCAAGGAUCUCCUGAAGCUUCAAUCUCGCAGCGGCAGAGUAUCUCGCCAGGAUCACUCCCGGGCGAUUUCGCUGUUCAACCGCAUCCCGGAGACACGCUCGUGCGCUGACGCCUACAUCGAGCCGCACUGGUGCGCGUGUCUCAACUGGCGGCAGAUCAACGACACGUCCGCGGACGUCGUCGUGCGUGCGGCCGUGGCAAUCGUGGACGCCGUGAAUAAGUUCACGCAGGAGCAGCGCAAGCUGUGUCGCCAGCUGACGCUGAGCGAGAUCAACUGGGCAGCCAAGCUGGCGCCGCACGACAAUCUGCUGCGCUUCAAGCAGAACAAGGACAUGGACGGCUUCCUGGCCGAUCUCACGUCCAGCACGCAGGUGGUCACGGAGAUGUACCAGAUCAAGCUGACCACGAGUCCCGGCGGUGCCAUUUUCGAGGCCAGCGUGACGCACGAGCUCGCCUUGCGCGCGUUCGACGUAAGGAUGUCGGACGUGUCGCGCGUGAAUCAGUACGGCGACCAGGCCAAGUGCAUCAUGGAGACGCAGCCGGAGCUGCGGAAGUUCUGCUACUGCAACGAGUGACGACGCCCUGUGUGUUCCCGCGCAAUCUAGUCGAUGUGCAUAUCUGACCAAAGAAGACUCCCUUUUCGACGCCCCAACGCCUUCAAAUCCCUCGCCCCAUUAGAUGUGAGACACUCUCAAUAUCCCUCGCCCGAGGCGACGCUCAAAACAUUGUAUCAAAUCAAAUUUGAAUCUUUUUUGUGUAGAGCUGAAGAAAGAGACCAUUUCUUCUUGGACACAAA